CACGUGUGUGUAUGGUGUGCGACGAUGUGCGGUAGUAAACAGAUAUGAUGUGAAAUCUGCGCUAUAUCGCGAAGUAAAUUGAUUAUUUUUCGCAUAAAGCUUUACAACUAUUGUCUGACCGCUUUUUAGUGGCUGUGGAAAAAUGAGUUCCAAACCAACUACCCCUGGAAAGGUUACCCUGGGUAUGCUGAAGGGUAAACCGAUAAUGACCUCGGUGCCAGUGAUCCGGUAUCAUGCCAGUGACGAUGAACUUGAGGAGCUUUACCCAAGCACAGAUGACGACGAGUUGUACACUCCGGAGUCUGAGCACCCAUCGACAAAAUCUAGUCCAUGUAAAACUAGUCGGAAUAGAUCUGAGGAUGAAUUGGGAGAAGGCACUAGUCUGGGCAGGCGAUCGGCAAGCGUCGAUGGAAAUUUGUCAGAAGGCACGCCACCCACCGAUCCAUGGAAGAUGUUAUCCGAAAUCAAGGGGAAGAUAACAAAAACUUUUGAGGAAAAAAUUUCUGAGAUUAAAAGCGAGAGGAAAAAGAAAAAACGCAGAAGCAAAGAUAAUUCUAGUGUUAGUGAUUCCGAAGACUUGGCUGACAUCACCCCAACUGAAGAUAAUCUUUCGGAACAACAGGAACUGGAGUCUUCAUCCCCUGUAAAAUUCAGUAAAAAUCGUUCCGCCAGAUUCACAGGAUUCUAUAACAUUAAGACUGGUCUGAAGACAAAAAAUUCUGAAGAGGAUAGUGUUGAGAGUGGAGUAGAGGCUGCGGAGCUCGCCGAGGACGAUUUGUUAUCAAAAUCUAAUGUGGAUGACAAAAAUUUACAAGCUCAACGAAGCUCGGAUGGUAAUAAAACAUUACAAACACCUCUGAUCAGACUACCUUUGAAUGCUAUUGAGAAGCUUAUUCCACAGCGAGUAAAGUCCGAACCUGCAUUGACUCAACUUUUUAAGAAAAUAAUUUAUCAGCUUAUCAGCGUUCCCAUAAUACUUCUCGGCGCGUAUCACGUUAUUCCUUUGCCUGAAUACAUUGUUGGUCUCAUUGCUGGAAUAUUUGUUACAAUCACGAUUCAAAGAGCGCUAGCUCUAGUAACUCAGACUUUAAUGACACCUCAGAAGAUUGAAGACGUCAGAAGCGGCGACGAGCAGGUCUCUGUUUUGGAAAUACCUGCAGCAGAGGAGCAUGUCGUUUUGGAUCGAUUUGAAGGGUGGCUAAAUCAGCUGCCAUACAGCUACGAUCCUGACAAUUACCACGUUGCUAGAACAGUUUCAGUUUACUUCAGAUUAGAAGGAGGCAGCUUAAAGGUGAUGGAAACUAAGACGCGAAUACCAAAACGUGAAGUUUGGGACGAGCCAAAACAAAACGUUAGAUACAUUUGGAAGAAAGUCUACACGCUUGCUAAUGCCACAAUUAAACUACUUCCGGAAGGGCUGAUAAGAAGAAGGAGGUGGAGUAAAAAGUAUCCAAUCUGCAUAACAUUCGGUAAGGAUGCUUUAAUUGAGAGUUCUUCUUUAAAUGAGACAUCUGAGGAUGAGAUUCUUCAAAAAAUUGGCGUUGAUGAAGAUGGCACCAUUCAUGAAGAGGAUGAGACUGAUGAAGAUCUGUCUAAGGAUUCAAAAGAAGCUAAAGAUGUUUUUGAAGAUUGCACCGACGAGAGUGGUCAGAGAUCAAAGAUGUACAUUUUUGCACGAACAGACAGACAGAAGGAAGAUUGGUUUAGACGACUGAACGAUGCUGUCAAUACAGCUAACAAGCGUGGCUCAGUAAGUUCUAUAAAUGAGAUAAUCCUGGCAACAACAUCGCCGCCUGUACAAGGCAACAACGAGAGUAAGAAUUCUGUCACUACAAUUGGAUCUUCAGAAAUUCCUAACGAACUGAGUUACAGUGCUUAUAUGGCGAUGUACACAGCGAUGACUGCUAGUGCGUCAUCCGAUUCUGAGAAUAGAGAGAAGAGUAACAUUACUUGGAUGAAUGCUCUUGUUGGUAGAAUCCUAUAUGAUAUGCACAAAUGUCCAGAAACUAUAAGUUUGAUUCAAGAUAAAAUUCAGCGUAAAAUGUCAAACAUAAAGUUGCCCUACUUUAUGGAAAGUCUUCUCGUGUCAGAGUUAGUAAUAGGCCAGGGCGCACCUGUGAUACACAAAGCUUCUCAGCCUGUACUGGAUCAACGCGGUCUUUGGCUUAAUCUAGAUAUAUCUUACGAAGGUUGUCUUACGAUGACAACAGAGACGAAGGUCAAUCUCAUGAAACUCACAAGAGCGGGUUCGAUUUCUGGUAAUGCCAGCGACAUGCCAGGAACCGAUAAGCCAAAACCGGCUCGAUCCCCCAUGUUUGAUAGUGACGUAGAAGACAGUCCAGAGACAUCUACCGAAGAAGAAGAUAAUUCAAAUGUCACUGUGCCCAACACAGCUCGAGAUUCAACGCCACCUCAAUCGUCCGGUAGAAGGUUCCUGAAUAUGGUGGAUAAGCUAGCCGCCAACAAAUAUUUUCAGCACGCGACAGAGAUACGCUAUAUACGACGUGCAAUGGAGGGAUUUUCUAAUAAAGAGAUUCGACUGAUGGUCACAGUGUCCAGUAUAGAGGGAUGCCUCGUUUUGAAUAUACCGCCGCCACCUUCGGAUAGAUUAUGGUAUGGCUUUCGAACAGUUCCAAAAAUAAGUUUAACUGCAAAACCAGCGUUAGGUGAGAAGCCGGUCAAUCUGACUUACAUAACGAGUCUUAUUGAGAACAAAUUACUGAGGGAAUUUGAGAAGCUCGUAGUUCUUCCUAACAUGGAUGAUCUAGUGAUAUCUCUGUGUCCCAAUUAUCCGUACGUCUUCUAAUGUAUUCAUGAAAGAUGUGUGUGAGAACUUGAAAUUCGCGAGUAUUGCAAAGAAUCUAGGUAAAUAUUACUGUAAAUAUUGAAAGAUUUUUGAGUAGCUGUCUACGCGAACAGAGAUGGGAGGAAAGGGAAUCACUAAAAGAACCGUUUCAACGAAUGAAUUUGAAUUUUUAUUGAAAAGUUUUCAAAAUAAUCCUCGCACUAACAAGUGAACGUAAGUGCUACGUGUAAAGUUUUAUAUACAAUGCCUAUUCUAAUUAUAUUUUUCUCAUCAUUUGAAAACACAUAUACGAACUUUUUUCACAUAAUUCAAUUUUCUAGCUUUAAGGUGCUCUUUGAAUUUUCAACGAAAAGUUUUCAGCAUUACCUAAUUGGUAAAGCGAGACGUUUUAUACCUCAGAUUUAAGCAAAAACUUUCAUUAAAAAUUUCCUUUAUUCUUCUGCUCGAUACAGUAUUGUGUUAAAAAGUAUACGCUAACACAUGUCUUUCAACAUGUAGCGUGAGAUUGAUUAUAGGAAUUGAAGGUAAACUUUGAUACGAUGCAAUGCAUGUAAACACCUUAUUCAUAAUUGCGUUAGACCAUCGCUUGAUUUUCUUGUUUGAAAUUUCACCAUUUUCCUUAUUCCCCUUCCACCAGAUAUGCUUCGUCUAUGAAUUUAGGUAUUUAUGAAUGAAUUUAUUGAAUUUAGAAGAUGCAUCUCGUAAGCUCUACAUGUAGAGAAAGAUAAUGACAAAGCAAACAAAGACAGUUUCGGAUUUAGUACAUCUAUGGCAGAAUGCGAUUAUUGAUGUGAUUAUUUUGAUUUAUAGGAGCUGUAGUGAUCGCAUGGUACUAGGGUAAAUAAUGUAGAUCAAGCCUUUGACUUACUACAUUGAAAGCGUCUGCUGUAUGGAUUGUAGUUUAUUCAGUUAUUGGUUUCUGCUGAAAGCGAUAUUUAGUGAUUUAACCAAUUCAAAUUGGCUGUUUCCAAAUAAUUUUAAGAGAUUCGGUGGUUUUCCAAACAAAUAUUGAAAAUGAGCUGUUACAUUGAUUUUCUCGAUUGACUGAGUAGAAAGUUAUUGUUAUUAACAUUCUUUUAUAUCGAUUUAGCAAUUUUCAUCUUGUCAACAUACAUAUUGCAUAUCUUAUCCUUUUUUCUCGGUAGUUUGACAAACACGUGAUUAACUAACGCUGGGUUCGAUACGAGUGUUCAGAAUAUAGCUGAAAACGUAACGAUGAAUAAGCAGGGUUACAGUUAGCAACAGUAUUUGCACAGUAUAUUUACAUACCGUUAUGUAAAUAUCAAGAGGUUUGCGAGUUAAGUUUCGUAAAUUACAAGGUAGAUUGAAGUUGAUAAGAUUUUGAGCAUUACAGAAUUGACAUUAUUGGAUCUUGUCGACAGUGGUGUAUUACAACGACUUUCUCUUCAUUUAGGCGCAAGAAACGAAUAAUCUACUUUCAAAAUCCUUUUUUUAAUCCUUCGUCAAUCACUGAGUGGUAAUAUUCUCCAUUUGUCAAACUGAUAUAAUAUGUGUUGAAUUAUUCUCCGUUUACUUAUUUGCAUAUUCUACUCUGUUUGACUUUAUUUUCAGUACUAUCUUAGUCACUGUUUCAUUGUAUUGAUUCGAAAAUUCACUUGGUUUGUGCGGAAACAUUUGCUAAAAAAAAUCACGUGUCUUCUCGUGGGUACUACUUUUUGUUCAUUUAUGUAUACUAAUUAUUCAGUAAUAAUAUGUGAUAACUUCUUGUCUUCAAAGGGUCGUGAAAUUUUCAAAAUACCAAAUAUUUAUGUAUAUGUAUGAAAAAUACUAGUGAUUUAUUUCGAAGUAUAUAAAUUUAUACUCUCUGAACGUUACUCGGGAUAAAUUUAUUUUCCUUACGAAAUUAAUGGGCGUAAUGAUUGAAAGAUGCCAAAGCUUAAAAUUUUCGGGUGACAAGCAACGGAAGAUUGAUGUACAAAAAUCUCUAAAAUGAAAAAUACAAAAGGAACAAAAAACAAAUUUCGAUAGAUUUGUUUUGGUAAAUUUAUGUAUCAUUGGUUUUUUGAUUGAAACUGUUCCCUUGACACGUAUUUACCCUAUAUCUAAUUAACUUUGCAGAAAUUAGUCCAGAAAGCAAUUCUGGUUGUCUUAUUAUACUACUUAUAUAAAUAUAUAUAUUAAUAUAUUUUUCGGCACACCUUUACACAAUGUAUUAUGACGAAUAUAAAAUUUAAGUUUAAAUAUUUUUGUACUCAUCGAAAACGAAAUAAGAAAACCGAAAGAAAAUAUUUAAAUAAUCAGUCAGAUCAUUGUUUUGUCGACUUAUCGUUCUGUUUGAAGUUACAUGCUAUCAAGAGUUUUUAACUUCCAAUUCCCAUUUACGUGGUCCAACUGAUAAAAAGAACAUUAAUUUCUGAUGGUGAUAAUUCUUCAUAUCUAGGUAAUUUGCGUUUGUGAUAAGUUCUUUCUUUCUGUUUCAACGUUAUUCCCCACUCUUUUUUUGCUGUUACUGCCGCUCGAGUUCCGAUCCAUUGAUGAAUAUUUACUUUAAUAGAAAUGCUAUCAAAUAUAGAUAUCUUCAGCGGCGAAUAAAUUUUAUCUUGCCUCUUUGUCCUUGCCGAGUCAUCAUUCCCUUAUUAUUUCUCAUAUCUAUCGCUUACUUUCAAAUUAAGUCUGCCUUUUGAGCGAUACUGGUUGUGGGAAUGAGGUGCUCAUUUGGAUGUUGACAAAUCUAUAAUGUUAUUAUAAUUGAAUUAAUGGACGUCAAUAAGGUCCGCCCAUUUUUUCAAAUUUCGUAUCCAAAUUCUUGCUCAGUAUAAACCGAGAAUAGAAAAUCUGUCGUGAAAUCGGUAGUUAGCUAUGGCGAUAAAUUUUCAUCUAUUAAAAACAGACGAUUGGAGUAUGGAUUGAUUGGGAAAAUUAAUUAUACCGAUUUACAGGUGAUUCUACUGUAAAUUUGCUUUCUUCUAUAAUCAACUCAACAUUCCAAAUUCAUUUAUGUAUAUCUAGGUUGCAUUUUUUGGAACUUAUUUUGGAAUAAUUGACUUACGUUAUUUAUAACGGGUUUGUGGUAUAGUCUCCAGAUAAAAAUUUCAAAGCUUAAACUGCUAAUAUUCACGUAUAUCUUUACUAAUUUUGUAUAAUUCUACGUAUAAUAUUAAUUCGUAUAGCCGCCGUCCGUUAAUAAUUACGGAAUUCAAAUUUCAAGUGUGACUUUUUAUCUGGAUUAUUCAGGUAGUCGCUGAUUUUGUAAUAGGUAAAUAUGUAUUAUUGAUGAACAAUAUAAAAUCGUUGUUUGUUUAACGGAUAUACGUGAAUGUAAUUGGCUUUUCUGUACGUGUUUUCAGUCUGGUGUUUUCCAUGUAAUUUGUUACGAAAUAAAGUGUUAUAUAUAUUUGUUGAACGAAAUAUGGUCAAUUAUACUUGCACAUAUGUUCUGUACAUUUAUAUAUGAACAUCCGAAA